AUGCCGCGCGCGCGAUCCCUUGUCCCGGCCCUUCUGGCUGCUGCUGCCGGAGUGGCAUCCGCGUACGACAACACGACAGCGGGCUACGCGCCGUUUGUCGGGGCAGACGGGGAAGCUUCUUCGGGCGGGACCGAGCACACGAUUCUGCUCGACGUGCAGACGCCACUGGCGGCGCAGGCAUACAGCCUUACGGCGACGUAUGAUGCGUCGAACUGGUUUGACGUUUUUGCUGUGCAGGCACUUGGGACAAGGGACCCAACGGGCGGCUUCGUAAACUACCUCUCGCAGGCGGACGCGCAGGCGCGAGGGCUGUAUAGGAUCCAGAACGGGCAGGUGUACAUGGGCGUGGACCACACGAACACGAUGAACACGGCCGGCCCGGGGCGGCCCAGCGUGCGUAUUCAGAGCAAAGCGGCGUUUAAGCAUGGGUUGUUUAUUCUGGACUUGGCGCACAUGCCUGGCAGCAUCUGCGGCACGUGGCCCGCAUACUGGCUCGUCGGCCCCAACUGGCCCAAUAACGGCGAGAUCGACAUCAUCGAGGGUGUGAACCAGCAGGCCCGGAACCAGAUGACGCUGCACACGCGGGCGGGGUGCAACGUCGAUGUCGGCGAGGGCGGGCAGACGGGGACGCUGGUGCAGACGAACUGUAAUGCCAACAGCGCGUACGACGGCUGCAGCACCACAAGCACCACGGCCAACACAAUUGGCAGCGCGUUCAACGCGGCCGGCGGCGGCGUCUACGCCUCCUUCUGGAACGCAGGCAGUAUCCAGCACUGGUACUGGCCGGCUUCGGCCGUGCCAAACGAUAUCAGACAGGGCAGCCCGGUGCCCCUGGGGUGGGGGACCCCGAUGGCGCAUUUUCACUGCAAUGGGUGCAGCUUUGAUGACUACAUUAGUGGGAACAGCGUCGUCUUCGACACGACGUUCUGCGGGCAGUGGGCGGGGGCCGUGUGGGCCAGUGGGGGGUGCGCGGGCGUUACGGGCAGGGCAUCUUGCGUCGACUAUGUCGCGAAUGACCCCGGCGCGUUUGCCGACGCGUAUUGGUUGGUUAAUUCGCUCAAGGUUUAUGGCGUUUAG